UACAUCCGAGGUUGUUUUUGAAAAUAAUGGCCGAGGAAUUCCGAAUGCGGUUUAGGUUUUAAUAUUAUUUCCGGACAAUCUGAGAUGGUGGACGAAAGCGAAAGUAGAAUUGAAAUAACAGUAUUUACAAACUAGAUCAAUCGUCUGAAGCAAGUGCUGAUUCAUCAUGGCUUCGGACAUAUAUGUCCGUGUCACUGACAACGAAGGUUCAGAGGACAGCCCGAUGCAGAAUGAUGAUGAACAGACAAAGGAAGUAGUUAAAUUUCUGAAAGAACUAAGGUCUAACCUUGAUGAGAACAGAAAGGAUCUACUUGAUAAUGAGGUCAAGCAGGUUACCAAAGAAUGCAAGGAAAGAGGAGAGCAGAGUCUGAGAACUAUUUCAGAAUUCAUGAGGAACUUUGUAAAUGUUGAGGCUGUGAAGCUUGGUCUAAACCUUGAAACAAUGAAGCAAAUCAUCCGAGUUUUCCUUCUUUGCUGGAACAAGCAAGGUUUGGCAGAGAGGAUUAUGAAAGAGAUUUAUGAUGAGGAUGAGAAUGAAGAACCUGAGGUUGAUGAACAGAUGCCAGCUGAAGUAAAAGGAAUGGAUAAUGAUGCAAUUAAUGUGUAUGCUAAAGCUUUGAGUCAAGGGUUUGAAGAGGUCAAAAGGAUUCGUUUAAUGGUUGUUGGAAUGUUUUCAGUUGGAAAAACCUCACUGGUAAAUAACCUGGUGGAAGAACUUUCAAAUAAAAAGCCACCACAAGUUCCAGUUGAAGAUCAGUUUCCACUGAGUACAGAAGGAAUAGAUGUCCAUCUUUGUUUAAUUGAUUGUCAAAAUAAGUGGAAAAAACAAGCAUUAGCAAAAAAGGCCCGAUUAGUUGAUAAAAUUAAAUUUGCAAAUGUUGAUGAGCCCUAUGAAGUACCAAAGGUAGACCAAGAAAUUGCUGAACCUGUCGAGCCUAUGAACUAUGAACAUGAAACAAUGGAUAUACCAGUUGAUCAAGACACAGAGGAAGAGCCGACCCCAUCUGUUGUCAAUGACAUUGAACAGAUAAAGCAAAGAGUUAGAGAAAGGCAACAUGAACCAGAAGUUAUGGAAGUCCUUCAGGGGUUGCAGAAAAACAAGAUUGAACCGAAUAGUGAUGAAGUGGAUGCUCAAAAAGCAGUAAUCACAGAUAAAGAACCUCUGGUAUCUGUUUGGGAUUUUGCUGGGCAAAACCUUUACUAUUCAACCCACCACUUUUUCCUGAACAAGCGCUCAAUCUACUUGCUUUUGAUGGAUAUGACAAAAGACCUUAACACUAAUGAUGAAGAGAGUGACACUUUGUCUGGCCUAUUAAAUAAAAAUUUCACCUGCUUGGAAGCAUUCAAAUUUUGGCUUAACUCAAUCCACAUGUACAGUUCUAUUCACGACCAAGAACAUGAAGUACAACCAACAGUCAUUCUAGUUGGAACACACAAAGAUGAAAUGAAAUGCAAAGAAGAAGAAAAGGAAUACAAAAUGGAAGCAUUUUUCACGGAAGCUUUAGAAUCAUUCGAGAAUAAUAAGGACAUUUUACAACACAUACACGCGAAAAAGUUUCUUGUGAAUAACAUUGCAGAAGGUGAUCCAGUGUUUGAUGAACUCAGAGCUGAGGUGAAGAUGUUGGCUGAAAAGCAGCAUUACUGGAAUGAAAAAAGCCCGACAAGUUUUGUUCAAUUGGAGAAGUCUUUGGAUACAAUGCGUGCAGAAGGCAAGGAACUGGUGUCUUUGAGUGAUGUACAAGUUGCGAACAGGAAAAAUCUAAAGCCUGUUAAUGAUCGGCAGUUGCGUUUGUUUCUGGAAUUGCAGCACAUGUUCGGCAAUAUUCUUCAUUUUGAUACGGAGGAGCUCAAAAAGUAUGUUAUACUGGCCCCCCAAUGGAUAAUUGAAGCUUUCAAAUGUUUUAUAACCCACAAGCCGAAGAAAGACUUGGAACCGGAACAUCUGCAGCUCUGGAAGGAGUACAAAGAUUAUGCUAUCAUAAAGCCUAUACUGAUGAAAGAAAUCAUUAGACGAAGUAAAGACAGAAUCAAAAUACAUGGUGAAGCUGUAGUGCAGUACAUGGAGUAUUUAAAUAUAAUGUCAAAACCUGUUGAAAACUAUGAGGAGGAAGAGGAGGAUGGGGAGAUGAUGGCAACUGAUUGUUUUGACAGCAAAACGAAUGCUGUUGGAAUACCAAGUUACAAUUCAAAGAUGCAUGAUUUCCAUAUUGUUCCAUGCCAGCUGAAGGCAAAACCAAAAGAAAAGAUAAUUGAAGAACUUAUUUGUCCCAAGAAUUGGGAAACAACUCCAGCGCUGUGUUUUGUCUUCAAGGACAAGUUCAUGCCUCCCGCCGUAUUUCAUAGGCUGCUAGCUGCUUGUAUUCGCCGCUGGGAAAUUGCAAAACAAACGAACGACGGCAAAAAAGAGCCAUUACUGUUCAAUGGGAUAGGAGGUUUCAAAACUUGCAAACGAUCACAAUUGCGACUGUGGUAUUGUGACCACAUUAUUUAUGCCAGAAUGAUAUUCAUGCCAAAACAGAAGCAAGAAACAGAAGAGGCAAUAGACAGAUGCAAAUGUCAGGAUGUUAGCAGACAAUUGUAUAGACAUCUUAUGGCAAUACUUGGACUACUACCAAGAUCAAAGCAUGUCACAAAGACUACACCUUUUGAAGAACACAUUCAGUGUCCAAAUUUGAAAAAACACAAUCAUGGCCUGUUUAGAGUCAAUGAUUUCAUAUAUGAAGGAAACAUGAGCUGCAACGAAGACCAUGAUGCCAAGGAUGCUCACUCAAUUGAAAAAAGUGUUCUUAAAUGUUGGUACCACGAUGCUUUGGAAGAGAUGGAAAAAUAUGAAGAGGAUAACUCGGGGGAUUUAUGUAGGGUUCCUGAAGAUAAUGAAUUGUCAAAAAUAUCAAGAGGUCUUGAAGGAAGCAAAGAGUUUUGGCUUUUGGGCAUAGAGCUGGGCAUUCCUCAACCAACCAUGGAACAAUUAAAAAGAGAUCAUUGGAAGGAAUCAAGGUCUGUUUUCAUAUAUCAUGUGUUAUAUGAGUGGAAAAAAUCAGAGCGCCAAAAUGCAACCCUUUCAAAUUUGAAGAGGAAGGUCUUUGCUGUCCAAAAAAAUUCAGAUAAUAAGCUUGGCAGCAUUUUCAGAUGCCUAGGAACAAGAAUGCAAGUUUCAGGCCAGGGUGCUGCUGCUGCCAAUGGUAUGGUGUCAGCAGAGGAGUCAGGAAAUCUGCAAUCAGAAACACAGACAUAUUUUGAGCCUAGGGAAGUGCAUUGGAAGAAUGAUGUCCCUACUGAUCUACAGCUGAUGAAAUUGGCUGAACUUGUUGGUGGCGAGUGGAAGAGACUUGGACUUGAACUAAAUUUAACAGAGCCGAAAUUGCAACAGCUAAAUGUAGAUCACUAUGCCAAAGGGGUUGUCAUAGUUGUUUAUGAAAUGUUGUUAGUUUGGAAGAAGCGAAAUUCAAGACCAACACUUUUGGACCUUGGAACCUGUAUUGUCAGGUCAGGAGUCAGUUUCGAUUGGGACAGAGUGCCAGAAGAUGUUCUUGAAGAAACUAGAGAUCUGGGUGAUGAAGCGAUGGAGAGCCCUGAGAUGGACACACAAACUGGAGCACAAGGCACAUCCGACUAAAUUACCUGGAGACUGUGGUUUGGUCGUGACCAGUGUAAAUAUAUGCCUCAAACAAUAACAUUUUAGCUCCAUAUAAUGAGUGGUGAGAGUACAAGGUUUCCGUCUCUCGCCUAGAAGGUCGUGGCCCAAUCAGGGCAUGAUUUUCUUUGCAUGUCAAAGGUACACCAGAAAUUGACUGGAAUGUGAUUCAAAUCCGGCUGAAUGCUGUCUUAACAAUACAGCUAAAAUAUAUUUGGGUUUAUACCAAAUAAACAUUUUGAUGAUAUCAUAUAAAUCGUCAGUCUGUUUGCCUUUUUGAAGAGACAUGUUUUUGCUUACAUUAUAUUUUGUUAUUGUUUUGAAUUUUGAAUUUAACAUUUUAUUUCAAUAUUAUUUUAUUGUAUGGCAUUAUGCAUAUAGAGCUACCCAUUGGUGUAAGUUAAGUAUCAGUACAUGGUUUUACAGGAAGGUGCAGCAGCCGGCUUGCUACUGCAUGCAUUCACUUCCAGAAUGUGUUUGUAAUAUGACUAGAUGUUGAAAUGGCUUACUGUGAUUCAAUUUUAUAUAUUCAUAAGUAGCUACUCAUCUGUGAGAUUAACUUGAAAUCAUAAUCAUAUUUUCGAUUUUUAAUAGUAAAAAGAGUAUAACAUGUUUUGGCCAAAAUGAUGAUAGCUGAUGAUAUAAUAAAAUCUUAAUUUGAAGAAAAGCUAAUUUUAUUUACACAUGAUAUAUAUGAGACUUAAUCAUUAUUAUUUUUCAUAGCAAAAGCCUCUUAGCGUUGUUGUCUAAGAAAUUUAAAAAUGAUAGGUUUUUCAAGGCACUUUGUUUGCUUUUUUUCUGCCGUAUUUGUAUGUUUUUCUUUUAGAAGCUGAAGCUUGCUGUAGAACUAUUUUGGUAUAGCCAUAAUUAUUAAAUGUUAUAGAAUUAUGUACUGUUCUAAAAUAUACAUUUACAGUGUGGAUUAAUUCUUGUUUGUUUUUAAUAAUUAUUGUAUGUAUUAUAGAUUCAUAUGUUAACUUUUCAUCAUAAAAAUGUUUGCCAUUGUUUAUAUCAGCAAAUGUGUUUUGUUUGUAGUGCCACAGUUGGUUAAAGUUGUAUAUGUGUUAACAUGUAUUAUGUAUUCUUAUAAAGGACCAAGACACUAUGCAAAAAUGGACCACGAACUGAGAUUUUGUGUUUUCGGACGAAAUUGUUUUUAGUAGUAAAAAAAAUUGCGCAAUAUUCAUUCCAUCUUGUGCUCAACCAUUCAUAUUAUGAAUGUUGUACUAUUCAUAACAUUAUAUGAUCUUCCGUAAACAAAUGUGUUUUCAUAGCAGAAUAUUAUUUUGUGGCUAAGAAUUUUAUGUGAUCGUAUAAUAAUGCCCCCCUUCGAAGGAGAGGGGUAUAUUGCUUUGCACAUGUCGGUCAGUCCGUCGGUAGACCAAAGGUUGUCCGAGUGAUAACUCAACAAUUCCUGUAUGUAUGGUCAUCAAACUUGACAUGAAGGUUGGGCCUGACCAGUAGAUAACCCCUAUUGAUUUUAGGGCUCAUCGGGUCGAAGGUCAAGGUCACAGUGACCUUUAAUGGUAAAAUAAUUUUAAAGCUUGUCCGAAUGAUAACUCAACAAUGCCUCGACCUAUGGUUAUCAAACUUGAUAUGGAAGUUGGGCCUGACCAGUAGAUGACCCCUAUUGUUUUUGGGGGUCAUCUGGCCAAAGGUCAAGGUCACAGUGACCUUGAAUGGUAAAAGGUUGUCCGAGGGAUAACGCGACAAUGCCUGCACCCAUGGCCCUCAAACUUGACUUGGAGGUUGGGCUUGACCAGUAGAUGACCCCUAUUGAUUUUAGGGGUCAAAGGUCAAGGUCACAGUGACCUUUAAAGCAAACUCGACAAUUCCUUGACCUAUGGUCCUCAAACUUGAUAUAAAAACUUAACCUGAUCAGUAGAUGACCCCUUGUGACUUUGGGGUCAUUUGGCCAAAGUUAAAGGUCACAGUAACCAUUAAUGCAAAAAAGUCUUCUCCCAGUGAUAUCUCAACAAUGCCUGAAUCUAUGAUCAUCAAACUUGACAUGGAAGUUGGGCCUGACCAGUAGAUGACCCUUAUUGAUUUUACGGCUCUUGGGUCAAAGGUCAAGGUCACAGUGACCUUUAAUGGUAAAAUUAUUUUAAAGCUUGUUUGAAUGAUAACUCAACAAUGCCUAGACCUAUGAUUAUCAAACUUGAUAUGGAAGUUGGGCCUGACUAGUAGAUGACCCCUAUUGUUUUUGGGUGUCAUCUGGCCAAAGGUCAAGGUCACAGUGACCUUGAAUGGUAAAAGGUUGUUCCUGGGAUACCGCGACAAUGCCUGCACCCAUGGCCCUCAAACUUGACUUGGAGAUUGGGCUUGACCAGUAGAUGACCCCUAUUGAUUUUAGGGGUCAAAUGUCAAGGUCACAGUGACCUUGAAAGCAAACUCGACAAUUCCUUGACCUAUGGUCCUCAAACUUGAUAUAAAGGUUUGACCUGAUCAGUAGAUGACCCCUUAUGACUUUUGGGGUCAUUGGGCCAAAGUUAAAGGUCACAGUAACCAUUAACGCAAAAAAGUUAACAAAUCUUCUCCCAGUGAUAUCUCAACAAUGCCAGAAUCUAUGAUCAUCAAACUUGAUAUAGAAGUUGGGCCUGACCAGUAGAUGACCCUUAUUGAUUUUAGGAGUCAUCAUGAUAAAGGUCAAGGUCACAGUGAAAUGAAAGCGAAAAUGCUGUUUGAGUGAUAACUCGACAAUGCCUGCACCGAUGGCCCUCAAACUUGACUUGGGGUUGCGUCCAACCUGUAGAUGACCCCCUUAUGAGUUAAGGGGUCAAAGGUCAAGGUCACAGUGACCUUGAACCAAAAAGCUUGUCUGUGUGAUAACUUGACAAUGCCUGCACCCAUGGCCCUCAAACUUCACAUAUAUGUUUUUGGCUGACCAGCUGAUGACUCCUAUGGAUUUUGAGGUCAUAGAGUCAAAGGUCAUUGUCAUAACACACUUUUUCCUCACACUUUGAUUGUUCAUAAUCUUAAAACUGCCUCAACGGCAUCCAAUGUCAGUGACAAAAUCAGCUGUCUUUUCGGCCCAUGCAUAUUUCAUUCAAUUGUCCAUAUAAUUCUGACAACAUGGCGCUCGGGGGGGGGGGGGCAUAAUGUUUGGCAAACCUCUCUUGUUUGUAUUACACAUAAAAAGUACCAAAAUAUAUCAACAAAUGUUUUAUUUUUUUGUAGUAUGAAGACAUACCUUACAGAAGAAAAUGACUUAAGGAAGGCACACUAAUCGUGAUAUGGCAUAUUAAUUGUACUCUUUAUAAGGAUCCAAUUUGUGUGAUGUCAAAAUAGGUGUUCAGUGUUUGUGCUCCUAAUUAGGAGGAGCAUAUAGUCGCGGCUUCGUCCGUGCGUCCCUCGCUUAUCUUUUCUGAAAGAAGUGAUAUUUACCUUACUAUAGGAUAACUUUCAAAGAAUGUUAGCAAGAAGAUAAAUUAUGUUUUAUUAUUAUUUACUUAAUACUUUAUUUUUAACGAAUAAACAACCUAACCAAGACACA